AUGUCUGCUGAGUCUAUUAUUAACGAGGCGUUGAAGGGUGAUGAGGACUUCUCGGUCAUCGAACGCUUAGCUGAUGCUAUUCGCAUCGAGGAAGACGUUCAAAUCAGCCAGGAGGACCGCAAGGAGAUCAUCCAGGAUCUCUACGAGGGCCCGAAGAAAUGCCAAUGUUGCAUCAACUGGAUGGACGAAUGUCCCCACGGCGUUGAUCUAACGGAAGUCGAUAAAGACGAUGAGGAUGAAAGCGGCAGCCCCCUGGUCAUCCGACGUCGAGUGAAUGCCGGCCGUACUGGCACAAUCAUUUCCAUUCACUCAAUCGAGAUUCGACAUGCGGCCACUCGAAAAGUUUUGAUCGACGUCUUCAAGCCUUACGACAACAUCGUGCAACGAGUGAAAUAUCUCACAUUUUUGGCACCCUUCCACCAGUUCUUCUGGCGCUGGGAGCGCUUCGAGAAAGCUGUCGCAGAGGAGAAGGACGAAAUCGUGAAGAAGAUCUUGGCCAUUCUGAGGGGAUUGGUCAAGCGUGAACUAGCAGGGGCAUUUGCAGUCAACAAGGAACUCGUCAGCCACGGAGUCAUCACAUUCAACUACCUCUGGAUCUUGUUCGCGCCCGGAGAGCUGAUAUACUCGGCUGAUGAUAGUCACGACCGCUUCUACGUCCUUCGGUCAUGCUCCUCGAGAGACAUCGCGAUCGACCUGAGUCUCUCCUACAUCGCCUGGGGUUUCCCAGCCAUGCAGUUCGGUACGGUCCACGAGGACAUCCCCAUUGACAAUUUCCUAGGGACUCGCUCAAUCGAAAGCCUGCCUGCUUUUCCCGCCAAGUAUCUCCGCGACUUCUCAGGAAUGCAAGCAAAGCUGGUAGGAAGAGGCCGCAAGUACGCGAGUUUGGCUGGUACUCAUUACAAGGCAUACCAUCCAGCGGGGGAUGAUCCUAAAUCCGAGCUUCGUGUGAUGAUCGAUCCCAGUCACAGAAGAGUAUAUCUCUCAGCCUACGUCGACGAUGGACGCAAAGAAAGACUUCAGCCGCUUUUCAGCCAGUACACCGACCUCAUCAAUCAGUCACCAGUGGACUCCCCUCCCCCAAAUGGCAUACACAUCCCUCUGGAAGAGUACAUUGAUGAGUGGGACGAGAGACCGAGAGGCGGUCGCCGGCCGAUGCGUCACCCCGCGCCUCGACGAGUGUCCCCGUAUUAUCCACCUGUCGCGCCCAGACGAAGAUCCCCGGUCGUGAUCGAGACUGUCCGAAGGCGCCGGAGUAUCUCUCCGGAAUUCAGGCUACGUGAUGAGGAUAUUGAGGAGAAUUCCAGGAAACACCUUACAGAGUUUCAUUUACAGCUCAUGGACCCCGAGGUCGAUGGAUUUGAUCUCAAGGAGAAGACUUGGAGGAGCUUUGAAGUAGACCGGAUUCACGAUAUCGAAUGGAACACGAAGCCCUUCGAGAGUCUGGUGCUGCCUGAAGGAUACAAGGAUCUCAUACUGGCUUUCGUUGAGAGUCAAGUCAAGGAUAAGGUUGCAUUCGAUGAUGUCAUAAACGGAAAGGGUGGUGGGCUUGUAGCCUUGCUUGCCGGGGACCCAGGUGUCGGCAAGACUCUUACUGCCGAGUCUGUUGCCGAGAAGAUACAGGCUCCCCUAUUCAAGAUGGAGUUAGGAGAUUACCAUGAGGACGACCGCGACAAUGACGCUGUCCCAGUACGCUAUGAUGACCGGAACCGAUCCUUGAGUCCCCGUCCCCGAGAUCCUGAUCGUUCAAUGAGCUUCACAACUGCAUUUGAACUUGCUGCUCGCUGGGGAGCCGUUCUACUGAUUGACGAGUGUGACAUGUAUUUGGAGAAGCGUAGUGAUGCUUCGACCAAACGAAACAGAAUGGUGUCCCGCUUCUUGAAAGAACUCGAGUACUACCCGUCUCUUCUCUUCCUGACGACCAACCGCGAGCGGUCCCUUGACCCUGCCAUCUACUCCCGUGUCCAUCUCAAUAUCAACUACCCCGCCUUAGACGAACCCUCUCGUCUGAAAAUUUGGCAGACGUUCCUGGACAAGAACAACUCAACCAUGUCAGAGAGUGAAUUUGGAUCUCUGUCAAGGAUCAAUGUGAAUGGUCGGCGCAUUCGGAACAUUGUGAGGACAGCUGGUAUCAUGGCAAAGAAAGACGGAAGAGCGGUGAACUUUGAUGACGUUAGAAAGGUCAUGAAGAUCACAGAGGGGAUAGAUAUCGAGGACUCUUAG